CAUAAAAGUCCUUAAGACUGAACUCUCUCUCUCUCUCUCUCUCUCUCUCCUGCACUUUAUUCUGUUCAAAUGCGAUACUUUGCUGUUGUUACUCAGACCGAGACCCUUUCAAGGAGAGAGAGAAAGAGGACCUCAGGCUAUACUUAGUUCUAUCCCUUCUCUCUCUCUCUCUCUCUCUCUCUGCCGCAUUGUCUUGUUAUGCUUCAGAAUCUCAUCUCACUCCCACGCGUUAAAGCGUUGUCUCUCGUUCUCUCUCUUUCCAGUCGAGGUGAUUUGGUAUUGCCCCUGUUUUUGGCAUUUUGCUUCUUUGCGCCAUAAAACUUUCAUAUGGUGCAUUUAAUAGAGCCAUAAGAAGGAAACCAUAAAACCCUUUUGUUGCUUGGUCUUUUUGCUUGAGCUCUUGAGCUUUUUUUGGUAGUUCUGGGAACCGCACAGUCUACUGAGGUUCAACUGUGCUUGUUCUCCUUUCAAAGCUCAAUAUAGAGAAAAACCGGGAACUGGGGAAGGAGAAUCUCCGGUACCAAGGUCCCAUUCCUUGUAUUCCUGACAUCUUUGGUCGAUUCUAAGUAAAACCCGGAUAUCCAGAAUAGCAGAGAAUACUAGGAGAGCUGUAUGAAGUGGUAGUGAAACAAUGAGAGAUGGUAAUUCCAAGAAAAGCAAGCUCUCAUGGUCAAAGAAAAUGGUCAGGAAGUGGUUCAAUAUCAAGAGCAAAACUGAGGAUUUUCAGGCAGAUGAUGUUAAUUGCGGUGGAGGUGAUACGGAAUAUAGGACCAGCUUCUCAGAGAGGGAGCCAUGCACGAUCAAAAAAAGCAAAACAGAAAAGUUUUGCCGGAACACAGAGCAGGUUCGGCGAAGAAGAAUGAAUCUCGACCAUCCUCGAAUAAUAGACGUGCAGAACUAUAGCAUAUUCGUGGCUACAUGGAAUGUGGCUGGAAGAUCCCCAACAAGUAAUUUGAAUCUAGAUGCCUGGCUGCAUGCCUCACACCCUGCUGACAUUUAUGUUCUUGGAUUUCAAGAAAUUGUUCCAUUGAAUGCCGGCAAUGUUCUGGGUGCAGAAGACAACGGCCCUGCCAAAAAGUGGUUGGCUCUCAUUCGAAAGAGUCUCAACAAUCUUCCCGGGACCAGUGGAGGGGGUGGAUGCCAUACACCGUCUCCCAUUCCGGAGCCAAUUGUAGAAAUAAAUGCCGAUUUUGAGGGAUCUGCAAGGCAGAAGAACUCAUCUUUCUUCCAUCGUCGAUCAUUCCAGACAACCCACAGCUGGAGAGUUGACAAUGAACCUUCGAUUCCACAUCCAAGACUUGAUCGUCGAUUCAGUGUUUGUGAUAGAGUAAUCUUUGGCCAUCGGCCAAGUGACUAUGAUCCCAGUUUCAGAUGGGGUCAUAGGCCGAGUGAUUAUUCCAGGCCGAGUGACUAUUCCAGGGCCAGUGACUAUUCCAGGCCUAGCGACUAUUCUAGAUGGGGUUCCUCAGAUGAUGAUAAUGUGCCAGGGGAUUCACCAAGUACUGUAUUAUAUUCACCAAUAGCCCAUGGCGGAUUGGCAUCUAAUGAAGAUGGAUAUCGAAUGCCAGGGCAUUCAAGAUACUGCUUAGUUGCAAGUAAACAGAUGGUUGGCAUAUUUCUCACAAUAUGGGUGAGAAGUGAAUUGAGGGAUCAUGUCCAGAACAUGAAAGUGUCUUGUGUUGGCCGAGGAUUGAUGGGUUACCUUGGAAAUAAGGGAUCAAUUUCAGUCAGUAUGUCUUUACACCAAACAACAUUCUGUUUCAUCUGUAGCCAUUUGACCUCAGGACAGAAGGAGGGUGAUGAGCUAAGAAGGAACUCUGAUGUCAUGGAGAUCCUUAGGAAGACAAGAUUUCCCCGAGUUCAUGGCUCUGGCAAUGAGAAGUCCCCAGAAACUAUCCUUGAGCAUGAUCGAAUUAUUUGGCUUGGGGAUUUGAAUUAUCGUAUUGCCCUCUCUUACCGCUCUGCCACAGCACUUGUGGAGAUGCAAAACUGGAGGGCAUUGUUAGAGAAUGACCAGUUACGUAGAGAGCAGAGACAUGGUCGUGUUUUUGUGGGGUGGAACGAAGGGAGGAUUUAUUUUCCACCAACUUACAAGUAUUCAACUAAUUCAGACAGAUAUGCAGGGGAUGAUAUGCAUCCAAAGGAGAAACGUAGAACACCUGCUUGGUGUGAUCGAAUUUUGUGGUAUGGAGAAGGUCUCCAGCAAUUAUCUUAUGUCCGUGGCGAAUCUAGAUUUUCGGAUCAUAGACCGGUUUAUGGCAUAUUUUGGGCCGAGGUUGAGUCAAGCCAUAGCCGGCUGAGGAAAAGCAUGAGUUGUUCUAGUUCCAAGAUUGAAGUGGAGGAGCUUCUGCCUAACUCACGUGGAUAUACUGAACUAAACUUUUUCUGAAGGAAAGAAGAAUAAUUAGGAUCUACAUUAAUCCGUGCUCAAAUCUUUGGUCUUGCCCACGAGAGAGAUUACCAUGGCCAAUAACCUGUUGAAGAAUAUCACUUGUUUCUGCAUAUCAAGUAUUCGCAUCCUCGGUCAAUCAGUUGCAGGCGGGAAUCACUUUGAAGAAAUUCAUCCUUGACUGGUGAUGGAGACAUUCCGUUGCCCACAAACCGAAAAAGCAGGUGUUAGUUCUGUAAUUCUCUCGCCAACACACUGUACCUUUGAUCAUCAUUUCUUGUUAGCUAACUACGUAACAGUCC